AUGUAUGGAACUCCAACGAUUCGUCCAAAUGCGUCGUUUAAUGCAAAUUCGGAUGCCGAAACGUUGCGAAAAGCCAUGAAAGGAAUUGGAUGCGAUAAAAAUAAGAUAAUACUUGUUUUGUGUGGUCGUACAAAUGUUCAGCGUCAGCAAAUAGCGAGCGCUUUUAAAACGAUGUAUGGUAAGGAUUUAAUAUCGGAUUUGAAGAGUGAACUUUCGGGUGAUUUUGAAGAUUUAAUUCUAGCUUUGAUGGAACCACCAGCAAAAUAUGAUGCUUUACAAAUGAGGAAAGCGAUGGCCGGCCUUGGUACUAAAGAAUCGGUGCUAAUUGAAAUAAUGUGCUCUCGUAAUAAUGCUCAAAUAUUGGAUUUACGAAAUAUUUAUCGACAGAUAUUUAAUCGUGAACUUGAAGCUGAUCUUAUCAGUGAGACUAGUGGUCAUUUUAAGCGAUUACUUGUAUCACUAUGUGCUGCUGGCCGUGAUGAAAGCAUGCGCACUGAUCCGCUUAAAGCAAAUCAGGAUGCUAGAGCACUUUAUAAUGCUGGUGAACGACGCUUGGGAACUGAUGAGUCUGCCUUCAAUGCAAUCCUCGCUUCACAGAAUUAUGCCCAGUUGCGUCUUGUUUUUCAAGAAUAUCAGAAAAUCGCAAGUCAUCCAAUUGAGAGAGCGAUUGAAGCAGAAUUCAGUGGUGACAUCAAGGAUGGUCUUUUGGCAAUCGUUACUUGUAUACAGAAUCGACCUGCAUAUUUUUCGAAGUUGCUCUACGAUAGUAUGGCUGGAUUGGGCACUCGUGACAAUGAUCUUAUUCGUGUGAUCGUUUCAAGAGCCGAGGUGGACUUAGCUGAUAUCCGACAAGAAUUUGAGCACAUCUAUAAGAAGAGCUUAGAAUCAUUCAUUAAGGGUGAUUGUUCAGGUGCCUAUAAAGAUGGGUUGAUCGCUCUUGUUCGAGGAAACUGA